UUUUCUUAAAACUCGUGCCACCCUCCUCCGGAACUUUUAAAAGGGGACGGAGGGAGUAUGUUAGAAGAAGAAAAUUAGAUUAUUAAAGUUGGGCUAUGGUCAUAUUUCUAACGAUUUCUGAGGGUGCGCGAAAUUAUACAAUUUCUUUCUAGAACAAACGGUUCAACUCAUACAAGUGAUCCAACCAUCUGCCGAACGUACAAACGGUGAAGCAGCAAUCCGGCUUCUCAGGUUCUCAUUCUGAAACAACAACCCGCAAUCGGCUUCCCAGCAGCAACCGCGAGCCACCACCCACCGUCCGAACCAUCUCUGGAUUCGCCGCCUGCCGCCGACUUAGGUUGACAAUACCUGGUCUUGGAGAUUAUCAAUCACUCCGUACUACAUAUCUUCGACAAAGAAGUACUGAACAAAGGUUUCACAGCUAACACACAAUUUUGUAAGUGCCUCUACUUAAAUACCAGUCUUCAUAUCCGGAUCCCCCAAGCAAACAAACCAAACCCAUCCAGGAACCUCCGGCCUUCAGUUCCCCAAACUCAGAGAUGGAAAGUGCAGCAUCGGCUGCGGUGAAUCACCAAAUCGUUGACGUACGGUCUGUGGUGGAGGCAGUGGCCGCUGCAGGAGAUAAUGCAGAUACCAAUUCGCCCCUUCUUGAGGUUGAGAGCCUAUGUAUGCGCUGCAGAGAGAAUGGAGUAACUAGGUUCUUGUUAACUUUAAUACCUCACUUUAGGAAGAUACUAUUGUCAGCGUUUGAGUGCCCCCAUUGUGGUGAAAGAAACAAUGAAGUGCAAUUUGCUGGUGAAAUUCAGCCACGUGGGUGCUGCUAUAGCUUGUGUUUUCAUGCUGGCGAUCAAAAGGUGCUUGAUCGAACAGUGGUAAAAUCUGAAAGUGCUACUAUCAAGAUUCCUGAACUGGAUUUUGAGAUCCCUACGGAGGCACAACGUGGUUCUUUGUCCACGGUGGAAGGGAUAUUGGUUAGAGCUGCUGAUGAGCUGGAGGCCCUUCAGGAUGAAAGAAAGAAAGUUGAUCCCAAGAUGGCUGAAGCUAUAGAUGAGUUUUUGGUAAAGUUAAGAGCUUGUGCAACUGGAGAUUCAUCCUUCACCUUUAUUCUUGAUGAUCCCUCUGGUAACAGCUUCAUUGAAAAUCCGUUUGCUCCAUCUCCUGACCCCUUGCUGAUCAUUAAGUUCUAUGAGAGAACUCCUGAACAACAGAAAGCUUUAGGGUAUCUUGUUGAUCCCUCACAUGUAGACGACCACACCAGUGAGACAUUGAAAAAGGGGGCAAAUAAUCAAAUGGGAAGUGCGGCACAUGGAGCAGUUGGUGCAAAAGCUGGACGACAUGCCAUUGCUCAGAGUAAUACUGCUGAAAUCUCAGAAGCUUUAUUUAGAUAUUCUUCGCCAGAGGAGGUGAUGGUAUUUCCAACGACUUGUGGAGCUUGUGCUGCAAGUUGUGAAUGCCGAAUGUUUGUUACUAACAUUCCUUAUUUUCGAGAAGUUAUUGUAAUGGCAUCUUCUUGUGAUGCUUGUGGGUAUCGCAAUUCCGAGUUGAAACCUGGUGGUAGCAUUUCUGACAAAGGGAAGAAGAUCACAGUUCACGUGGAGAAUGUUAAAGAUUUAAGUAGAGAUGUGAUAAAGUCAGAUAGUGCUGCGGUGAGCAUACCAGAGCUUGAUUUGGAGCUUACCAGUGGCACUCUGGGUGGUGUUGUGACAACAGUUGAAGGUUUAGUCACAAAAAUUAGUGAAAAUCUUGAAAGGGUGCAUGGGUUCACAUUUGGAGAUAGUCUAGAUGGUGACAGGAAAUCCAAGUGGCUGGAUUUCACAGAAAGACUUCGCAAGCUUUUGAACUUGGAAACACACUGGACUUUGAUUAUCGACGAUGCAUUGUCAAAUUCUUUUGUGGCUCCUGUUACUGAUGAUCUGAGAGACGACAAGCAGUUAACAUUUGAGGAAUAUGAGAGAUCAUGGGAACAAAAUGAGGAGUUAGGCAUUAACGACAUGGACACAUCUAUGGCCGAUGCCUCCUAUGCUUCUGUGGACACUGCAGCUGCCAAAGAAAACUGAUGGGUGGGGAGCUGGGCCCCACACUCCUCGGCAUCAUACCCCUUGUGUUGUAAUUUUUCUUUGUAGCUUAAAGCCUAAAUUUCACAUUUGUUGUGGACAAAAAAGGCGUUUUUCGUGGACUGUUAAUGACAAAGUUACCGUUCUAACUUUAACUUGUUAUGUACUUGUAGAAUAGCAGUAACUACAUCUCUUUUGGUAAUUUUAAAUACUUCCUAAUUGAUUUUGUUAUAUUUGCAAAAGUUUUGAUUGAAACGGUUGUUGAAUUUGUUAACUUAUGAAAAAGUUCUGGAUUAUUCAAAUUUAUAUUGG